AUGGCCGCUGACAACUCGCAAUCUUCACAUUUAAAUCCUUUUUCUAUUCUUUUUUUUCUUUACCAUAUCUGGUGCACGGCCCGGCAAGCCAAGCACAUCAUCAUCGUCGUUUGCAUCACCGCCGCCAUCAUCACAACUCCAGAGUUCUUCGAAAAGAAAAUAAUGUUCCAAAACAUAACUUCAACGCAAAAUAUUAUGACGUCACAGAGUAACAUGACGUCACAGGGUAACGUGACGUCAGUAGCUAUAUCGGCCAGCUAUCGAGAGGGCUAUUCAACUGCGGGUAUGCAACUGAACGGGCAGAGAGAUAACUUCACACACGUAGCACUGGUGGUCAGUCGUCAGCAACAACUUGCUGGCUUCCAUGACGACACGGAAGUGAUUGAUGACCAGGAGGUCGAGAAUGAUAAUUACACGAAUAAUAAAAAUAUUCAUAAUGAUCGCUCAUACGUCAGCCCAAAAGAUGACAACUUCAGCCUGAAGGAAGGUGUUCACGUCGGUGAGAAUGGCGGCGGCCAAGUAAGUAGCACGACUCCUGAAAUAUCCGGACACAUUGACGUCAUUGAGAGGAACGGAAGUAGUGGGAAAAACAAAACAUCCAAUCCAGUUUAUAAUAUACAGAAUAACAACAACAACAACAACAACAACAAUAAUAAUAAUAAUAAUAAUAAUAAUAAAGAUAAAAGUAGCAAUAAAUCAAAAAGGGCAGCAGAGUCUCAGAAAAAUAUUCCUUACUCGGACGUUGAAGUAAAUAAUUUGACGGAUGGUCUGAUGAAUGAAGGCAUCCAUCAAAUGAUCUCCGACGUUAACAAACUCUCCAACUCUGCAGACCGAAGUGGUAGGUUACAACGACAGCCUAAUUUUCAAAAACUUUCCUGUCUAGAAUCAACGGGCAACCUCUUUUCGGUUAGAACGGCAUUCGGUUCCUCCAUCGCUUACACGACUCUUUACACGUGGACAAACCAGAUCGUCUUCACAUUUCUGCCCCUCUUUCUUAUCAUCAUUUUCAACACACUGCUCAUCAAACAAGUCAUCAUUGCGAGCAAAGAAAGAUCAAAAAUGACCCACUUCAAAAUCGGCUCUUCCUGGAGAUCCAACAAGAAGAUGCUUGCAGAAGUUGAGGAGGAGAGAAAAUAUGACGAACGUGAGGCUUCAAACAGACGCACCAAUUCUUUAAUCUUUCAAAGAUGCUGCAAACGAAGAAACUGCAAGCAAAGAAACAAUAGCGCUGCUUACAACAAUCCAUCAAACGCUGCAGAAGAUGAUGAACAGCCGUUUGAAAUGAAACCAAAGAUGAUGAGAAAUAAGCAGACGUGCCCGAUUGCAAGGCAGCCGAUAAUGACCGAUGGUUUAUCAUGCUCCCCGGCCGCAACAACCACCACAGCGGCAGCAGCAACAAUCUCGCCAGCUCCGCAUCAACAGCGCAGCAACAGCAGCAACCACAACAACCACAGCAACAAGGACCAGCAACGAAUAACAAUCAUGCUCAUCAGCCUCGUCAUCGUCUUCCUCAUCUGUCAGCUACCACAAUCUCUUCAGAAUCUCUACAGGGCCUACAGUGGCACACUGGCUCAUUUCCGCCGGCUUGAAGUGUGGAAACCAUUAUUGUGGAAUGGUCAGAGGAAUAAUAAUCAUGAUGAUGAAGUAGAUGGCAACGAAGAUGAUGAGUAUGACGAUGAUCGGGACAGUUAA